AUGCUGAGCCCUGACUCAAAGGAAGAAUUAAGUCGUAGCGAAAGAGAUACUUAAUUAUUAGAUCUUAAGAACCCCUUUACCAAUAAUAAAUGGUUAAAUAAGACAAAAAAGAAAUAAAAAUUAUAAAAUGAUGAAUUAGAAGAAGGAGAAGUAUAAUCUGAAAAGCAUCUAGAAUCUAAAUCAAAAACUGCCCCUAAUUAUCCUCUAGAGCGUUGGGGUCAUUAAACAGUAGUAGUAGGACAAUACAUGUAUUUAAUUGGGGGAUAUAUUGAUGAUAUCUAUCCAUAAGUAGCUAGAGAAUAAAUAUAUCGUCUCGAUUGCGAAACUUACGAAUGGGAAAAAGUUAUGUGUAAUGCUUCUUCUGCACCAGAGCAUAGAGAUUCCCACUCUCUUUGUCUUAUUUAAGGAAAAAUUUAUUUAUUUGGUGGUAAAACUGCAGAUGAAAGGGUCAAGAAUGAUAUUGCUGUUUUCGAUACAAAAAAGCAUGAAUGGAAAAAAAUUGAUGCAACUGGCACAUUGCCAUUAGUGAGAGAAAGCCAUCAAGCUUGCUCUCUCGAAGACAGAUACAUGAUUGUUUUUGGCGGCACAAAUGGUAAAGAAGCAGAAGAACUUGUUGUCUAUGACGACAUGUAUAUAUUCGAUACCUAAACUAAUGCCUGGAGAGAAGUUACCAAUAAACACGGAUUUUAAAUUGAAGCUCGUGAUAGUUUUUCUAUGACUAAUGUUAAUGGAUUUGUUUAUGUUUUUGGUGGACAAGGUAAAUCUGUUGGCAAAGACGAUGUUUUCUACAACGACUUUUACAAAUUGAAAUUUAAUAUGCUUGGUGAUGGUAAGUCAGAAACUGUAGAGAUUUUAACAGUAAUUUCUUAAAAUGAAGACAAAAAGCCUUGUGUUAGAGCUUCACACUCAAUGUGUGUUUUUAAAGACAGAUAUAUAUUUAUUAUAGCAGGCGAAAGAUAAGAAACUAAAUUAGAUGAUAUUUGGGCUUAUGAUAUUGAAGAUAAUAUUUGGAUCGAAGUUCCUCACAAAAAGCAUAGAUGCCCACUUAAACCUAUUAUUUCUCUUUCAAGCUCAGUUUACUAAGAUUAAAUCAUUAUAUUUGGAGGUUUAUUGAAGGAAGAUAAUAAUUUCCAUUCAGAUUAAACUUUAGUACUUUAGCUUAAUUAUGUUGAGGAAAACAAAAACCACAGUAAUUCAUAAGAAAAUAAAAAAACUUGCAAUACAUGUGAAGUGGUUUAUAAUUUAACAGAUUAGCAAAUAGAAAAACAAAAGUAGUUAGAGCAAGCUUUGAAAAAUAAUUAAAUUGAUGAUGAAGAUAACAUUAGAAUAGAUGUUGAUAGAGAAGAUAUUUAAUUGAAGCAUCCAGAAGUUUUUGAAAAUGAAAAUAGAGGCGAAGAUGGAGGAAAUGAGACAGAAGUAGAUAAGCCUAAGUUAAAGGAAAAUGAUUAAAAUUCAAAAUAAAGUAAGUAAAAUAGUGGAACAGAAUAAUAAAUGAUUGAUGAAGAUAAACAAGAAAACACCAAUGAUGAUUAAGCAAAUUCAAAUUAAUAAGGUGAUGAAUAAGUAGAUAAAAAUUUGAAUUAAUAAGCUGAAUCUGAAAAGAAAGUUGAAGCUAGUAAUGAAAAGAUUUACGAUGAUGUAAAAGAAAAUUAGGAAAGCCAAAUAAUUGAAAAGAAUGAAAAUGAAAUGGAUACAGAAACAGAUGGAAAAAUUGUUAAAAAAGAUGAAAAUGAUAUAGAUGAGGAAUAGGAGGAAGAUUAAGAUGCCAGUAUUAAAGAAGAAAAUGAUGAAAAAAGAUCUGGAAGUGGAGCAAAAUUAGAUUAGUUUGAUGUUGAUUCCAAGGAUGAUUCUGUUUUGGAAAGUGAAGAAAAGCUGAGACAAUAAGAAAUAAACAAAGCACUUAAAAAAGAAAUGGCAUCAUAAGGUCAUCAGCACUAACACUAACAAUUACAAGAAGACUCUAUUUUAACUAUUAGAUAGCCAUAUAUUUCUAUGUCUUUCUUAAAUUCGAUAGCAAAUCUUAUUGGUUGGCCAUUCUCUGCUUUUGGUUUACUAGUCCACAACGCUAAAUCCCAAUUUGCUAGUACUAUCCAAAUAAAUUUGAUGUGCUAAAAGAAGAGGGAAACUUAUAUUAAUACUUAAGCUUAAGCAGCUAAUUAAUAAAAUAAAACUGGAAGCUCUUAAAAUCUUUAGGAUGCUAAUUAAGGAUUGAAUAACAAUAAUCAAAGCAAGUGUAAUGGAUUCCUCUUGAAUUAACCUAUUGAUAAGAAUGUUAUUGAUAAUCAUAACUUAUUCUUAUAAAUUUAUGAUGACAGUGAAGGUUUCCCUCACAAUGAUUUUGUAGAUAUUAUGUAUAAAUUUGAUAGUUACAAAGUUAUCUAAUACAAUAAAGCUCACAAGGAAUUAAUUUAAGAUGAAAUUCAAUUGUAAUCAAAAGCUUAAUAUGGAAAUAACAUCAAAUUAGCUGGCUUAAGAUUAGGUCAAAAUGUCCUUUUCAUUUCAAAAAAUAAGACUUAUAAUAUCUUAAACGUAGGUUUAAUUAGUUCUAGUGGAAAGAUAAAUCCAAAUUUGUAAGAAUGCAUUAUAUUUUUGUUUAGUAUUGACAUGAAAAAGAAGGUUUAUUUGACUGAGAGUGGUGAUUAAAAUAAAAGAAUUAUUUUGAACAAUAUUGCUCAUUUAAUGAACGAAGAAUAGCUCUUUAAGCACGAUAAAGGAAAUUAUAUUUAUAUCUUUGAUUUAAAACGCAUUCCUCUUACUGGUAGAGAAGGGUAUGAAUUUUAAUAUAGCCCCAAUAAACCUGACAUAGUUGCUAAAAAGAAAAAUUUCUUCAAAGAAAAAAAAGAACAUGUUGAAAAAUUGAUUGAUUACAGUUUAAAGAGUUAUCUUCAACAUUUAUAUGUAAAAACACCAGAAAAUAUGCACUUUUGUAUUAAUGGACAAAGAUAUGAAUUUUUAUCAUAUCAGAAUAUUCUAACUAAAUAAAAAGGAAUGAGAUUCUUAAAAGAAUUAAAUAUCGAUAAUUUCCCUAUGGUUAGAGAUUCUGGAAAAGUAACCAUUUAUGAAUAAACUAAUUAUAACCUUGAUCAAUCAGCAUCAACUUAACCACAAGCAGCUUAAACCACUUAAGAAUAAGACUAAUCUAAUACUGAAACUAAGGAAGGUACAACUACACGCAAAAACACUUCAGCUGAGUAACAUCAAGGAAUUUUAUUGUAUCAAGAUGAGAGGUUGAUUGGAAGAGCAGAAUCUAAUCACUUUGGUUCUUAUUUUAUUGAAAAAAUAAUUAAUAAAUCUAAAAAUCAAAGUAAUCUGUUUAAGUAUGUUGGUGUUAUUGAACUUGAUAAAUUCUUCUCACCAAAUCUUUUUUAUAAUGGAUUAGAAAACUCUUUCUAAGAAGCUGCUGUAAGACAGUGCUUGAAAUAGUUCUUGAAAGCAUAAAAACAGUAAACAUAAGCAAAGAGCGACAAAAUCAGAAGUAGAAGCUCAGAUAAUAUUGAAGAACCUGAAUUAAGAAAAGAGUUAAAAACUGAUUGA